GGUGGAGCAGGCGCACGGCUUAAAGGCUGGCUGGGAGUGUGGCGGGGCUCGCACUUCAUCCAGAUCUGACAGAAACGAGACUGGCGCAUCACUCCAACCGGGAUUUUCCUCUAAAAAGCACAGUGAACAGGGACGGACUGCGGGAAUCAUGUGCGGGAUCUUCGCUUACCUAAAUUACCAAGUGCCACGGACCAGAAAGGAGAUAUUUGAGACGCUGGUGAAGGGGCUGCAGAGGCUGGAGUACAGAGGGUACGAUUCAGCAGGAGUGGCUGUAGAUGGUCCAAAUAAGACGAGCACCGACUCCAACAACAACUCCAUCCGCUUGUUUAAGAAGAAGGGGAAGGUGAAGGCUCUGGAUGAGGAGCUCUACAAAAAAAACUCCCUGGACCUUGAGGCGGAGCUGUACACGCACUUUGGUCUGGCUCACACGCGCUGGGCCACGCACGGAGAACCCAGCGCUCUCAACAGCCACCCUCAACGCUCUGACAAGAACAACGAAUUUGUUGUCAUCCAUAAUGGGAUCAUAACCAACUACAAAGAGCUGAAAGAGUACCUGAUCACCAAAGGAUAUGAGUUUGAGUCCGAGACAGACACAGAGGUGAUCCCCAAACUACUUAAAUAUCUCUAUGACAACCGAGAGGAUGACCAGGUCACCUUCUCCACGCUGGUAGAGCGGGUUAUUCAGCAACUGGAGGGCGCCUUUGCUCUGGUGUUUAAAAGUCAGCAUUACCCCGGAGAUGCUGUGGCUACGAGGAGAGGAAGUCCGCUGCUCAUCGGUGUGCGAAGCGAGCACGAGCUGCAGACUGAGCAAAUCCCCGUCCAGUACAACUGUGGACAUAUCAAAGAAGGAGUUCAGGAGAAGAACAGUCAUAACCGGUCUGACAGCACCAUCAACUCUGUGGGAGACGGCAGAGCCGUGGAGUAUUACUUUGCCUCUGAUGCCAGCGCCAUCAUUGAGCACACUAACAAGGUCCUGUACCUGGAGGAUGAUGACAUCGCCGUCGUGACUGGGGGCAAGCUCUCGAUCCACAGGAUCAACCGGCAGGCCGGAGAAGACCCAGUGAGGGCGAUUCAGACCCUGCAGAUGGAGAUGCAGCAGAUCAUGAAAGGAAACUUUGACGCCUUCAUGCAGAAGGAGAUCUUUGAGCAGCCGGAGUCGGUGGUCAACACCAUGAGAGGACGGAUCUGUUUUGAGACCAACAAAGUGAUUCUCGGGGGACUGAAGGACCACUUGAAGGAGAUCAAACGAUGCAGACGGCUCAUUGUGAUUGGAUGCGGCACCAGUUUCCACGCCGCUGUCGCUACCAGACAAAUCCUUGAGGAGCUGACAGAACUGCCUGUCAUGGUGGAGCUGGCGAGUGAUUUCCUGGACCGCAACACGCCAGUUUUCAGAGAUGAUGUUUGCUUCUUCAUCAGCCAGUCAGGCGAGACAGCAGACACUCUGAUGGCGCUGCGCUACUGCAAAGAGCGCGGCGCUUUAACGGCCGGGAUCACCAACACCGUGGGCAGCUCCAUUUGCAGGGAAACAGACUGCGGAGUCCACAUCAACGCUGGACCGGAGAUAGGAGUGGCGAGCACUAAGGCUUACACUAGUCAGUUUGUGGCGCUCGUCAUGUUUGGCCUGAUGAUGAGUGAGGACAGACUGUCUCUGCAGAAAAGAAGACUGGAGAUCAUCGAAGGCUUCAAGGUGCUACCCGAUCUGAUAAAGAAUGUGUUGUCACUGGAUAAGAAGAUUAAGGAAAUUGCACAAGAACUUUUUCAGCAAAAGUCUCUUUUGGUGAUGGGCCGAGGUUACAAUUAUGCUACCUGCCUUGAGGGGGCGCUGAAAAUCAAGGAGAUCACAUACAUGCACUCGGAGGGCAUCCUGGCAGGAGAGCUGAAGCACGGCCCGCUGGCGCUCAUCGACAAGCACAUGCCUGUGAUCAUGAUCAUCAUGCGUGAUGCCUGCUAUGUCAAGUGUCAGAAUGCUCUGCAGCAAGUCACUGCUCGAUCAGGUCGGCCCAUCAUUAUCUGUAGCCAGGACGAUAUGGAUGUUGUGAAGAACGCCUACCAGACCAUCGAGCUUCCACAAACCGUGGACUGUCUGCAGGGCAUCCUCAGUGUCAUCCCCUUGCAGCUGCUCUCAUUCCACUUGGCCGUCAUGCGAGGAUAUGACGUGGAUUGUCCCAGAAAUUUGGCCAAAUCUGUGACGGUGGAAUAAUCACAAUUUACAAAAGUCAAUAAGAUGGAAACAUGGGAGCUUACCAAGGAUUCCAGUGCAAUUGUGUGAUCAGUUUGUGUGUGCUGCAGAAUCAAUAUAAUGCUUAGAGACUGUGGGUGUGUGUGUGCGUGCGAAUGAGAUGAACAGGUAAUGGUUUGUGUUUUAUAGAAGCAAAAUGUGAAAAUCUGAACAAUAUGCUGCUGAGGGAAUGAAGGGUUGCGGAACAAAAUUUGGGAACAGCAUUCAAACAGCCAAAAUGCACCUGUUGUGCCUUUGUAUUCAUCAUUUAAGACAACAAACAUGUUUCAGACAUCACAGAAAAAGACUAGAAAAUACAUUGAAGUGUUUUUAACUGUGCAAUACAGGCACCAAAGGUGCGAUAAGAAUGUAAUCAAUCACUUGAUGAUCAAACUUGCUCUUAUUUCAUGUUGGUCGGGCUUUAUAACCUUCUUUGUAUUGAUGAAAAGCAGAAGGAUUUUCAGCUCUUUUUUGAUUUUUCAGUCAAAUUUUGUACAUUUCUAUGUAGAUUUCUAUAAAAAAAAAUGAUGUGCCUUGAAAGUCAAGUUAUCCUUAAUAUUAUUUUUCGUUGCUUUAAUUUAAAAUGUGCUGUGAAGAGAACGUUUCUAAACUCUGCACUUCUUGAUGUCAUAUCAACGUGUGUUUUACUUAUUAAUAGAACACUUUUUUGUCAGCCUUUUGUAAGGAUUUGGUAAAAGAAAAAAAAAACAUUUUUUUUUAUUGCAUUUUAAACUUUGUUGCAGCAAAGGCAAUCUAAAAAAAUUGAUAAAGCAUUUUUUUAAUGUGCAAUUAUCUCCUGCAACUGUCUUCUUUUCUAUUUAUGUACUAAGUUUAUUAAAUGGUUCUUGGACUAUAAAGCAA